GGCGCGGGCGGCUGCGAGGCCGGCGGACGCACCGGCCGGAGGGAGCGCGCCGCCGGCCCACUUGGCCUGGCUCCCGGAGCCCGGGCGGCGAGCGCGGGGAGCAGCAGGGCGGGCGCGGGCGGAGCGUUGCCGCGGCGGGGGAAGCCGGGCACCGGGAGAGCGCCAGGGCGGCGCGGCGCGACGGAGACCAUGACCACGGGCUCGGUGCUGCCGCUGCUGCUACUCGGGCUCUCGGGCGCGCUCCGGGCCCACCAUGAGGAUCUUACAGUCAGAGAGGCCUGUAAAGCUGGCUUCUCCGAAGAAGACUACACUGCCUUGAUCUCCCCGAAUGUCCUGGAAGGAGAGAAACUACUCAGAGUCAAGUUCAGCAGCUGCUUGGGCACCAAAGGGACGCAGUAUGAGACCAACAGUUUGGACUUCAAAGUCGGGGCAGAUGGGACAGUCUUCGCCACCCGGGAGCUGAAGAUCCCCUCAGAGCAGGUGGCCUUUACUGUGACUGCACGGGAACGCCAGACUGCUGAGCAAUGGGAUGCCAUGGUGCGGCUGCUGGUAGCUCAGACUUCAUCCCCACACUCUGAACACAAGAAAGGAAAGACAGUGGCCCUGGACCCCUCUCAGCCCCCGAAGGACACACUGCGGCCCUGGCCCCAGCGUCAGAGCCCCAGCGGGCUGAGGAGGCAGAAGCGUGACUGGGUCAUCCCGCCCAUCAACGUGCCCGAGAACUCCCGUGGGCCCUUCCCCCAGCAGCUCGUCAGGAUCAGAUCUGACAAGGACAAUGAUAUCCCCAUCCGGUACAGCAUCACAGGUGUGGGAGCGGACCAGCCCCCUAUGGAGGUCUUCAGCAUUGACUCCAUGUCUGGCCGGAUGUAUGUCACUCGGCCCAUGGACCGGGAAGAAAGAGCCUCCUACCAUCUCCGAGCCCAUGCGGUGGACAUGAAUGGCAACAAGGUGGAGAAUCCUAUUGAUCUGUAUAUCUACGUCAUCGACAUGAAUGACAACCGGCCCGAGUUCAUCAACCAGGUCUACAACGGCUCUGUGGAUGAGGGCUCCAAGCCAGGUACAUACGUGAUGACCGUCACAGCCAAUGAUGCCGAUGACAGCACUACGGCCAACGGUAUGGUGCGGUACCGGAUCGUCACCCAGACACCCCAGAGCCCGUCCCAGAACAUGUUCACCAUCAACAGUGAGACGGGGGACAUCGUGACAGUGGCAGCAGGCCUGGACCGGGAGAAAGUCCAACAGUACACGGUCAUCGUCCAGGCCACUGACAUGGAAGGAAACCUUAACUAUGGUCUCUCGAACACAGCCACUGCCAUCAUCACAGUGACAGAUGUAAAUGACAACCCUCCAGAAUUCACCACAAGCACAUUUGCAGGAGAGGUUCCUGAAAACCGUGUGGAGACAGUAGUAGCCAACCUCACAGUAAUGGACCGAGAUCAGCCCCACUCACCCAACUGGAAUGCAGUCUACCGAAUCAUCAGUGGGGACCCCUCGGGACACUUCACUGUCCGCACAGACCCUGUCACCAACGAGGGAAUGGUCACCGUGGUGAAGGCAGUGGACUACGAGCUGAACCGCGCCUUCAUGCUGACCGUAAUGGUGUCCAACCAGGCGCCCCUGGCCAGCGGGAUCCAGAUGUCCUUCCAGUCCACAGCAGGGGUGACCAUCUCUGUCACUGAUGUCAAUGAGGCCCCCUACUUCCCCUCCAACCACAAGCUGAUCCGCCUGGAGGAGGGUGUGCCUACCGGCACUGCGCUCACCACCUUUUCCGCAGUGGACCCUGACAGGUUCAUGCAGCAAGCCGUGAGGUACUCGAAGCUGUCUGAUCCCGCCAACUGGCUGCACAUCAAUACAUCCAACGGGCAGAUCACCACGGCUGCGGUCCUGGACCGAGAGUCACUCUACACCAAGAACAACGUGUAUGAGGCCACCUUCCUGGCUGCUGACAAUGGGAUCCCCCCAGCCAGUGGCACUGGGACCCUGCAGAUAUACCUCAUUGACAUCAAUGACAACGCACCACAGCUGCUGCCCAAGGAGGCACAGAUCUGCGAGAGGCCAGGCCUCAACGCCAUCAACAUCACUGCGGCUGACGCCGACAUGGACCCCAACAUCGGCCCCUAUGUCUUUGAGUUGCCCUUCAUCCCCACUACAGUGAGGAAGAAUUGGACCAUCACCCGCCUAAAUGGUGACUAUGCCCAGCUCAGUUUGCGCAUUCUGUACCUGGAGGCCGGCGUGUACGACGUCCCCAUCAUCGUCACGGACUCUGGCAACCCUCCCCUGUUCAACACGUCCAUCAUAAAAGUCAAGGUGUGCCCAUGCGACGAGAAUGGUGACUGCACCACCGUCGGCGCAGUGGCUGCAGCCGGCCUGGGCACAGGCGCCAUUGUGGCUAUCCUCAUCUGCAUCGUGAUCCUGCUAAUCAUGGUCCUGUUGUUCGUUGUGUGGAUGAAGCGAAGAGAAAAGGAGCGACACACGAAGCAGCUGCUCAUCGACCCUGAGGACGACGUGCGUGACAACAUCCUAAAGUACGACGAGGAAGGUGGUGGCGAGGAGGACCAGGACUAUGACCUCAGCCAGCUACAGCAGCCGGAAGCCAUGGAGCAUGUGCUGAGCAAGGCCCCUGGUGUGAGGCGGGUGGAUGAACGGCCAGUAGGUGCUGAGCCCCAGUACCCAGUCAGGCCUGUGGUGCCCCACCCAGGCGACAUUGGAGACUUCAUCAAUGAGGGACUCCGAGCUGCUGACAAUGACCCCACAGCACCCCCGUAUGACUCUCUGCUUGUCUUCGACUAUGAAGGCAGCGGUUCUACCGCAGGCUCCGUCAGCUCCCUCAAUUCCUCCAGCUCCGGGGACCAAGAUUACGACUAUUUGAAUGACUGGGGGCCCCGGUUCAAGAAGCUGGCAGACAUGUAUGGGGGUGGUGAGGAGGACUAGCCAACCUCACCUCUCCCACCGACAUGAGAAGGGCGAGCAGCGGGACUGAGCGGAGGCGCCAGAGUCCUCCUGGUGUCAAGAGGCUCCUCCCCCACUGCCGUCCCCCCUCCGCGUGGAGCUGCGCAGUAAGGACAUAAGCCGCCAAGCGCCCACCACCACCGCGCCCACCACCACCGCGGCAUCUCAGUAGCCACGUACCGUGAAGGGAGAGCCAGAGGCACAGCCCUAACUUGAAUUUCUUACAACAAAAGCACUGUUAAAACAAAAAAACAAAAGUGCCUUUUGGUACACAUGACAGAUUCUCUAACUCAGGAGUGACUGAAAGAAGAGACAGCCCAAGACCCCAGCUCUGCCCACCCUGCCCACAGCCCCUAACCCAAUCUGGUCCCCUCUGAAGGCAACAGGCAAGAAAUGGGAGAGAAUAUGUCUUUUUUUUAAAAGUCUUUUAUUAAGAAAAAGAAAGGGAUGACUUGUUUGCAGACACAGUGAGGGGUCCAGCUCUCACAGUGUCUCCUGGGCCCUUUGGCUUCCCCAAGGCUGCUAAGUGAGGAUCAGACUUUCUGGUGCCAAAAAGCACUGGGCUAGCCCAACCCCAUCAGCAGAGACACUUCUGUUUGGACUUGGCUUUUACCUGAACUUGUAUCCUGCCCCUCAAGAUACUGUAAAUAGCUGGGGGCGGGUGUGAUGCCGAGAGACCACCCCAGACAGUCCUCACCCCUGUACUUGGCCACUGCCAUGUCCACCAGAAAGCCUCUCUGGACCAGCUGUCAUCCCCAAUACCACCGAGGUCCCCUUUGGUUUGGUCCAGGACCGCGUGUUGUCCAAGAAGCCACAGCAUCCUGCAGAACCCUGGCACCACCCUCUACUCUUCAGGAUGAGACCCUGAGGGAUCCUGUUGAAGGCAUAGCAAAGCACCCCUCAACGGUACCCCCAAAUGCUCUCAACGUACUCCCCAGGCUGUGCAGACAGCAGAGAGCAGCGCCUGGCCAGACUGUGGCAGCUGCUUGGCCUCCCUGGGCCCGUUUGGCCCAAGCUGCUGCCUGGCCCCAUGAACUGCUAUGAUGUCAGGACCUAUUCCAAGUGGCCGGUGAGAGACUCUCACUGUGCCCAUUGACCACAGAUGCUCUGACCGGGACCCAUGUUUCUGUUGUUCUCUGGAUCUGGCGUUGCACUUUCCAUGGGUAGCUUGACACAGGGCAGACUGGGCAGGGUGACCACUUCUGUAGGACAGUGAACAGGCUAUGUACAAGGACCUAUGGGAGGUGGCAAUGCUGGUCUUUUCACUAGAGGGGAAAACAGGCCAUCUGGGCCCAAAGGAGCCCUGGGAUGGGGCAGAAGGGCAGGCACCGGAGGGGCACCCUGUGCCGAGUCAGAUUCCUGGCUUACUCCAGGCAGUACGACAGGUUGAGAGUGCUGGAGGCUUGGUGUCUGAGUCUCCUUGGGGAGACAACAGAAGUCCCAGCAUUCAUGAAAAGUAAGUUCCUCCCAGAUCCCCAGCCUAUGCCUGCUACUAGGGGCCAGGAUGACUUCCAAAGGGCUGGGGGUACCCAGGAGAUAGCAUGCUCCCCAGCCAGAGGUCUCUAAUUCAGGGCUCCUCGUGGUGUCUGGCUUUACACCAUGGCUAGGUUCAUCCCCUUUUCCAGACUGCUUUGGCCGCAAAGACGCACCUGAGUGGACUCAUGGGCGCCAAACUUAUGGGUAUGACCCAUUGGAUGUCAGGGUUCUUUCCCAAACCAAACAUGUCCCCACUCUGAACUCCUGGACUUGAGCUGAGGCAUACGUUCAGCUGUGUCCAUUCUUAUUCCUCAUAUGGCUGUCCUAGGAGGUAGGAUGGAUAGGGGCCUCUGUAGCUUCCUGGCAGUCCUCUUCCUUAUAGCCAGCCAGGCCAACAGAGCUCAUAGAAGGCCGGGGGGGGGGGGGGG